AUGAGGAUUACCCAGUGCACCAGCCUACAGGCUGAUGACAUUUGCUUUGCCUUGAUGGAUGACAACUCCAGCCAAUCAUCAGCCACCAUAGACAGCGAAGAAGAUCAGAAGAGUGCCUUAGAAAAAAGCAUGUAUGUUCUGAAAGAGUUGAUAGAGACAGAAAAGCUGUAUGUAGCUGAUCUAGGACUUAUUGUGGAGGGCUACAUGGCCACUAUGAAUGCAAAAGGAGUUCCAGAAGAUAUGAAGGGAAAAGACAAAAUAGUAUUCGGGAAUAUUCAUCAGAUCUACGACUGGCAUAGAGAUUAUUUCCUGGGUGAGCUGGAGAAAUGUGUGGCUGAACCUGAACGACUGGCCCAACUUUUUAUCAAACAUGAAAGGCGGCUUCACAUGUAUGUGGUAUAUUGCCAGAACAAACCUAAGUCUGAGCACAUCGUGUCAGAAUACAUCGAGACCUACUUUGAGGAACUGAAACAGCAGCUGGGUCACAGGCUGCAGCUGAAUGACCUGCUCAUCAAACCUGUGCAGAGGAUCAUGAAGUACCAGCUGCUUCUGAAGGAUUUCCUCAAGUACUACACAAAGGCUGGGGUGGACAUUGAAGAGCUGGAGAAAGCAGUGGAGGUGAUGUGUUUUGUUCCGAAGCGCUGCAAUGACAUGAUGAACGUGGGUCGGCUGCAAGGCUUUGAGGGCAAGAUCACGGCACAAGGAAAACUUCUCCAACAAGACACGUUCUCAGUCACAGAACAGGACAGCAGCAUUCUUUCCCGUGCUAAAGAGAGACGGGUCUUCCUGUUUGAACAGCUUGUCAUCUUCAGUGAGCCAAUAGACAGGAAAAAAGGAUUCUCUCUACCUGGAUAUAUUUUUAAGAACAGUAUUAAGAUAAGUUGUCUGGGUGUGGAGGUGUGUGUAGAUGGUGACCCGAAUCAGUUUGCCCUGAUGUCUCGGGGAGCUGAUGGCAGCACGGUGCGUUUUGUCUUGCACUCUUCAUCGCAGGACAUCUGCAAGUCUUGGGUCAGCGACGUGAGCCAAAUACUGGAGACCCAACGCAAUUUCCUAAAUGCCCUGCAGUCACCCAUAGAGUACCAGAGAAGGGAGAGCAAGAGCAACAGUUUGGGCCGUAGCAUGAAGCCUCCUCUGGCAGCAGUUGCUGGUCUGAGGCCCCACUCCUCAGCAUCUAUCGACCGACACAAACUGCCCUGCCUGCGCUCCUGUAACACAUCUUUGCCCUCUCUCUACCUGCCCAGCCAGGUCCCCACUGAUGACCACUCACAGCCAGAGUCAACACAGCGCUGUCCAGUGGACUCCAGACUGAAUUCCCAGACGGUGUCUCCAACUCAUGUGCAGCUGGCCUUCUCUGAAGAACCGUCAUUCUCCCAGGCACCUCUAAACUGCCAGGCAGUUUCCAACGGGCUUUGUUCCUCUAGCACACAAGCCUCACAGAGCUCAGGAGAGGGAACCAGACCCAGAGAGGGAUGCAUGGCUGUUCCUAGUCCCUUCUCCACUCUUCAGCGCUCCAGUAACUUGGCCCAGCUUGAUGAGGAUGACCUGUGAAUGGGAAUGACCCUGAAUCUGAUGUUUGCACCAGAGCAUGCCACAGUCUGGACUUUAUUCACGUCUGUUGUGGUAUUCUUCAAUUCUUCGCAAAUUACCUAGUGACUUUUUAAAUUGUUUUAUAUAAUUUCUCUUUUUUUUGUUGUUGUUGUCUUUUAAAGUUGUGUUUUAUUCAAAGGAGAAUUAACCAUUCCUAUAUUGGGAGGUCACUGGAGCAGGAACCAGAGUAAACCUUUAUUUGAGGGUGUGAGGAUACGAUUGGAUACAUGUGUGUGUGCGUGCAUGUAUGUAUGAAUGUGUAUUUGUGUGCUAAAUUCUGAUGGCUUCAUCCUUGCAAACAUGCUGAACGUUUUCCAUCAGAUGCAUUUUGCAGAGAACAUACUGUAUUAUUAUAAACAUAUGAGGGUCCUUAGUGGGCUCGUGCUGGAUUUUAAAGUUUUCGCACUAUUGGUGCCUCUUUACAAAAGCUGUCUUUCUAUCUCCCGUCUAUAUUGAAUGCUCUUGUGGGCUGCGUAAACUCUUAUGACGGAGCUAAGGGGAAACAGACUCUAAAUGCAGCUAAUUUAUAUGUACCGUAUAGAAGAAUGAUCUGUGCAUGAAGACACGGACGCUUGACUUUCUCUUCACCAACUGGGUGUUUGAAUUCUCGAAGAUCAGUCAACUCUGUUGUCAUGGACAAUGAGUGAUGCUGCUUGCGGAGCUUCGUGUUCAGACUUUACAACUACAGGUGGACAUAAGAGAUCACACACAAUGAGCAUCUGCCUUGUUGAGCAGGAGGACUUGCUCAAGGGAAGGACUGAAAGAUGGACCACAGUUGUUACGGCAGAAGAACAUGCAGUAUAAAAGUAGUUAUCUGUGGUUAAAUGACUCUUUUUUAGCUUUUGCCACCCCUUCUCGUGUAAUGCACACCGCCUGGAUUACUCUGCAGGUCUUGUCAUGCAAAUUAAGGUUUCUGGAUUAUUAGAUGAUGAUGAUAAUAAUACUACUACUACUACUAAUAAUAAUUAUUAUUUAAAGUUAAUGAAGGCCAAAGGUAAAAUGUUAUAUCAUUAUGUGCCAAAAGCAGGUGCCAGUACCCUUUACACAAAUGAAUUAAAUAUUAAGCCUAAAAUGUAAUUCAGUUCAUUUAUAGACCACUUGAAAACAAGCUAAAACACUUGUUUAAGUUUGGGGGAAAUGUUCUCAUGAAAAUGAGGGAAAAGACUAAAGAUGUCAGAUUUUAUUUUCCAAAAUUUUCAAGACAUUUUUGGUUAUUGUGUUUUGUUUAGUUGUUUUAUUGUCCUUUUUAAAGCAAAGUAUUUAUUAAUGGCAAACCAAAUCAUUAGUUAUAAAGAGGACUGACAUUGUUAAUCGAGUGUGAAACAUACAGUUUGUCAUAAAAUGUUAGAUGUCUCACCAAAGAAGGGAUGGUAUGUGUUUGGUAUUUAAUGUUAAAGCAUGAAAAAGCACUUUCACUCCGUUUAGCUCAUUGCACAUUCUUUCCAACAGAGGGUGCCACUUCAGCGCUGUGUACACAACCAAUCGGUCUUUUCCACAGAUCAGUUUAAAACUUCAAAUGCAAAACUCUGUACCAAAGCUCAUAUGCUUUACUGUCAGCAUGUUUCAGAUGCAUUCGCAUAAAUAUCCUUAAAAUGAUUGUAACAAUCUUCUCUUGCCUUGAUGUAAUAUUCAAAUAUGCAGAAAUCGAAUAAUUUGACAUAGCCCUGUAUAAACUGAAAGCUUUCCUGUACUGCCUUUCCACAAACGUGGAUUUGAAUCUUACAUUGUUGCAUGCUAUUUUGAAGAACACCUCUAAAUGAUGAAGGAAAUGAUGUAGAGAAAGAAUUGGACAUGAAUUAUGUCACAUGUGACAACCCCUGUAAUUGUAUUAUAUCAAAUUAAACUGGUUCCUUUUGGAACACAAGAGUGUUUUGGAACACACAAUGUUUCAUUUUCUACUGUAUUCAUGGAAGUUUUCUGUGUGGUGUCAUUGAGGAUGUGUAUUCGUGGUACAGGGGAGACUGGGGCUAGUUGUCAUGCUUACAUAUUUUUCAGAGUAUAGGAUUAUUUCGGAAAGUCAGUUUCUGUA